AUGACUACUUAUCCUGAAGUUCGAUUGAAACACAUAAAGUCAAUUGGGUUCCACAACUUGUAUCUAUCGUAUGAAAACAGCAGUAAGCAACCGGCGGCAACAUCCACCCAAUUCAAUGGUUCAGCAGUACGCUUAUCACCACAUCGAAGACGAAAUAGAGCAGGAACCAUCACAUCUAUACCGGAAAUAGACACAUAUGAAAACAAUGAACUGGAAUUGGUUGACGUGAGUAACCGGCGGAUCUUGGAUUGCUUUAUCAGCAUUCACACAGUCAACAAGAAUGCUGUGGUGUACAUAUCUGAAAUUCAGAACUCCACAAUAAAUCCCUGCUUUCAAGGAAUCACCGUUCCUGAUUUGCCGAAUUGCUCUAAAAUAAUAAUCAAGUUGUGGUGCCGUCCCCAAUUCCCGGUCGGAGAUUCAAAUACAAGCACACCGUGGCAUUUGCUCGCGGUAUACAAAGUGAAAUUGGGUGAGAAUUUAAUAAAAGUUGGUGAUAUCACCGAUGAAGAAAUAUUCAAACCAAAUUCGAUUGUAUUUGAGAUAAAUAGGUCAUGGUAUACCCUAUAUAACCUACUAAAGGGAAAGGGAAACGAGAGCGCUGCAACCACUGUUAGUACUACUACCCCUGUACUCCCACAUUCUUCGCAUAUGGAAGCACUAAAAUCAUAUUCAUUUGAUUCGAUUCGUUCAAUUAACAAUUUGGUACGGUCAUUAGUGGAACUUGAACACUCCAAGCACAAGCUAAUCCGACAAAUCAACGAAAAAGUUUCCGUGCUUCAAGAUUCAAACAAUGUCAAUAACGUGUCAGUUCUAUUGGGAAAACUACGAAUACAGUGCCAAUCACUUUCCACAGCAAUUGCUAAACAGAAAUCGGUCAAUGAUUCCAUAUUAUCGGAGAUCAUCCUGACUAAAAAGAGAAUUCAAGAUUUGGAGGAAGUAAUAACCUACCGUUUUGCCUCCCUUAGAGAAACCACGCUUAACCAAAUUGAACUAUUCGAGUCUGAAAUCGAACCUAUUAGAGUCUCCCUUGAAAUAAAUACAUAUCCCGAUAUACUUACCCGAUUGCAGAUCCUUGCAAAGCACAUUCAAGAAAUAAUACCCAUUGACAACAUCUCGGGCAUUCAAUUCUCAAUUAUGGGGUUUCAAUUCCCUCUGGAUAUUAAGGAACUCCUCAAUAUAUGUUACUACAACACUUGUGGAUUAAAGAAUUCCUACUACCAACCGCAAUUUGAAAAUCAAACACAAUGGCAUGAGUUUAAAAUCUCCCAAAUUAAUACUGCAUUAUCAUAUAUCGUUUUAAUUAUAAACAUCCUAGCGUCCAUAACCAACACCCAAUUGAAAUAUGAGAUGGUGAUACUCAAUAAUCACAAUGUCAUAAUCGACGGAAUAUCACAACGCUAUCCACUUUCUAAAGCCUAUAGUGGAGUCAAACUGCCAUACAUAUUCCCACUAUACUAUAACACUAACAAUAUUGAAAAAUUGACCAAAACUUCAAAUUCUAUAAAUACAGGAAACAUGAAAUAUAUCCUUAUGAAUCAAGAAUUUGAAUACGCGAUCAAGCUUUUGAAUAAGAAUCUUGUGGGGUUAAUAACCAGUAUAACGAAACUAUACAAUGAAAUAUGUCCCAGUCAAACAAGCCUAGGUCACGACAUUCCUUUGGAUUGCCUAGAUAAUUUCUUAUGGAAUCUUAAAUAUCUACUACUAUUCAUGACUGCACCCUUGUAA